AUGUCGUCGAAUCCCAACGGCCCCGCUGAGCCCGGUUCAAGCUGCGUGACAAUCAAUUUGCGCAACGCCAACUUCACAUCUUCCGCCUCUGCGUCGCCAUCUAUGCAGGCCCUUCAAGAGCCCCCUCUCGCCGAUGAUGUCAAGCUUAGCGUCGAGCUCCCCGAUCGCGAGAUGAACUCCAACGCCUCGAAGCGAGACGUCGACCUAGAUGCUGUAACCUCGCCCAUCCCCGCAACGCCCGUUACGUCGCUAUCUGAUAGCGGAAGUCCUGACAUUGAGGUGAUUGACAUCCCCACGGACGACCCUGAUCCCAUGAUAGGAGACGGCGAGCCAGAGGUCUCCAUCAUUGGCGAAGGAGGAGACGCGCUCCAGGAUCCUACACUAGAAUUCCCUUACAACGAGGGAGAGCCCUUGGCCGAGACCGUCUCCCGGUUGGCAAACUACAUUUCUAGCCAACACCCACUCGAAGAGGGCCUAUUCGAAUCUCUCCAGUCGUGGGCGGAUCUUUUUAUUCGAUGGGCGGAAACGGCCGGGUAUCAGGUUGCGUACGAGUCUUGUUCGGAAAACAGCGGUCUCUGGCAGUCUUUCCCAGAUCUCGCCUGGGCUGCCUGCAACAGGGCCUUGAACAGAACAACCCUCCCACGCCAGGCGAUAUCGUCCUUCUAUCUUAUUUUUGCCCGACUGACCGCGUUCUUCGUGGCGCUGGAUUGCCAGACAUUGGCCGGUGUCGCGAACCAGUCGGGGAAUCUGGACGACGGCCGGCCUCGCAUCUUGACCAACCUCGACUCCCAGUCUGGGUGGCUUCGGCCAGACCUCAUAUCUGAACUAGUUCAGGGCUUCCAAGCAAUGCCGGGUGGUACUAUCCAAGCUCUGACCCGGCUCGUUGACUUCCAGAUUCGGCUCAUGGAGCGUUAUCCACGGCUCGUGGAUCAGCCCGCUGCCGUUUGCCAGGUAGUGUCUGACCUUGCCUGGGAAAGUAACCGACGAUUACACUUUGCGGGGCAAUCCCAGCCAGCCAUCGACCAGUCGAAACAACGUCUUGUCCAAAGCCACCGAUUUUACCUCAUCGUGUCGAAAAGCCUCUCCGAUACGAUAGAGAGGCUGGUUAACCACCUCUCCACAGAUGGCGCCAGUGGUCAGAUUAUAUCCCUCACUGACAUCUACCACUGCGCCCUCUACGGCGAGCAUAAAAUGGCGACCGACAUCCUCUCCGCUCACGCUCAGAACCACCCGAACCUGCCCGCCCAUCUCGCUCCCGGCGCGAUCGCUUGGGAAUGGAGGUUUAAUAUGUUUGGGAAACUGAUCAUGUCGAGCCAGAUGCAACUCAGGGUCUGGGCAGUCGGACACAUGUGUAGCGAUCUUGUCAUGUUUUGGCGCCGGUGCGGCGACGGUCAAGAGGAUCUCGCUGCCUUCCUUGCGUACUUUGCCGAGUACCUGAUGCGCACAAAACUUGUGGAAUAUAUCUUGGGACCAACGUGCCACCCCGAGAUCACCAUUGAAAGCGGAAACGUUGUCGGAUUCCUACUCGUGACCAAAUUUUAUCAAAAAGAACAGACCGACCUGCUCUGGCAAACCAUUACGUCUUGCCAGGAUCGCCGCGUCGCGGAUGCACUGACUCGAAUGGCUGCGAAUAUCACCCAUCUCUGCGACCAAGAGCACUUGCUCUACUUUUGCGAAAAGCUCCAGCUGCUCCCUAUCGACUCUUUUAAUACAGCCUCCAUCCGGCACUUCUGCGAGCAGAUUUUUAAGCAGCUCAUGUCAAAAACGCAAGGAGAACGCCAGUUGUUGAAUUUUCUUCCUACGAGCUUUGCCUACGGCUUCUUCGGGACAUUCGCGGCCCAGAAACUUCGCGAGCUUCACCAUCAUGGCCCAGACCGCGAUGGGCGGAGGCGACUAUACCUCACUUGUAUCGAGGAUAUCGCGGCAAAAUCUCCCACUACCCUCGGAAGCCUUUCUGGCCUUUUUAUCUCUAUCCGGCAUGCCCUAGGUCUGGAGCUACAGGUCCUGACCGCCGAGCACAACCUCAGUGGCCUCCUCAUUAACGAGUUGGAACAUGCCAUCUCGCUAUGCACCCCAACCAAUGGCCUCUACGUGCUGACCGGUGCUAGUAAUUCCCCAAGAAGAGACUUCAUCUACAGUCUAAUUUGCCAUGAGCCUGGUUCGCUCACCGCCGAACUGGGCAAGAGACUUUGGGACAUGAUGGUCGGACCUGACUCGCCAUCUGCCGAGGACAGGGCUUCCGGAUGGCACAUACUCAAUGACGCCGCCGCGCAAGCUGGUUUUGAUAGCCUGUUCAUGUCGCACUGUCUCUCGGUGCAUUUUCCUACCUUGCCUGCAAACUGCUUCAGCGAGGGUGCCUUGCGUUUUCUCAAGGAUGAGAUAGUCCCGCGCCUAAAUAGCGGAAUGAUUACCUUGGACAGUCAGGAAAGCGUCAAGGAGAGCGGGAUCGAAGAGCUAUGGCGAAUGACACUGACCGCACCUGACGAGACCGUCUCCGAUGCCGCAAUCGAUGUGUUGGUCAAGGAUAUAUACAUUGAGAGCAGAGCCAUCCUCGACUACCCUCAUCAUCGAGCACGACAGGUCCAUCUCGCUCUUGUCAACCGGUGCUUGGACCAACUAAGCGGGGCUGCCAAGAAGCUCACGUCGUUUAGUGAUGGCACCGGAAGUGGUGAUGAAGAGUCGAUGGUUAUUGUGGCUUCUGAUGAACAGGUCCUUGAACAGGAACGCAUGUUUAUCAGAUCCUUGGCCGUAUUGCGCCAAUUUCUACAAGCCCAUCAGUCAAAGGCUCAUUUUGCCGCGGCCGAUUUACGACCGCUCAUGCCCCUCUCGCCAACCAUGGUCGUUGGUGAGUCGGCAGAGCUCAAAUUCCAGUCAUUUGACGGCGUCAAGCAGACGGAUGUACAACCCCUUAACAUUGGUAGGCAGAACACGGCUGCCUCGCUCCUGGCAAGCCUCCGUGAAGCUACGGGAUUCCAGAACUAUCGCAUUUAUUACAAGGGCCAGGUGUUUGUUCCUACCGAGACCGAAGUCUGCAAAUCUCUCGAAGACUUGAGGAUACACGACGGGCUCAUCCUAGUUAAACGUGAAGAGGAUGGGGGCCCACCUUCUUCGCGACUGAGACCCGGCGUGUCUCCCCUCGAAAUCGCGAUUCUCAGUCAUUUUGAAGAGUUGUGGGGCUAUCUGAGCCUAGAAGAGAAGUUUGCGCAAGAAAUCUACCAAUUUAUUGUCAAACUCCCCGCAGAUAGCCAUCGUCUUGAAGUCCUAGACUCGAAUUCGACGUCGUACCUCGAGGUAUUCCCGCUUGGGCAGCCUUUCAAGUGCCUGUAUGCACUUUACGCGCUUGUCGAAUAUACGGACGCAGCCCGCCGGCGAAACAACAUCGCAUUGCCAAGCUUUGAGGGUGACGGUUCGUCAAAUGGCUACAAGGAAGCCAUGGAACGGGCCUUGAAACUCACAUUUGCGGCCAUCUCGGACCCCAAUGUGAUUGAAAGAUGCCCAUCCGGUCAUUUGAAAUCACAGCUUAGUCUUCAGCUCAUGACUUGUCUCGUUGACCUUCUCACAACAUGGCAAAUAUCUGUUUCAAACAAGGAGACCGAUUGGGAAGAAAGUACGCCACCCUUGGACCGUUUACUGGCGAUUCUUCGGGAGGCUCAUUCGAACCCUAACGACGAGCACUCCCUUCGACUUAUACCAGCUACAUUCACCGCCAUCCUUCUCCUGUGUGUUGUUCGCGCCGGAUGCUGGGAUGAGCUGGUCAAGACGGACGAAUUUGGGACCUUAACGCAGGAGCUACUCCUCGACCCGAGGUUUGCCAUUCGAGAGAAGGUUAGCAAGGUCGUCAAGGAAGCUUGCAGAGAUGAACAUCGCGAGCGGCUUUAUAACGUCAUCUUCGAACUAGUCAAGAGAGACGGAGAGCAGUUUAAGUGGCUACUCGACGAUCUCAAGCAGCUAGUACCGUAUGACAAGGACGAAGACGACCCCUAUCACUAUGAUCUUCCGUUGCAGUUUGAGCGCACCAAGGCUAUACAAGCUUUUGCCUCCAUGCAGGAGAGCAUUCGGCGUUUUGUAGACCCUUACCUUGUGGUGAACUCGAUCAAGACUUAUGACGACACCCUGAUCGAUAUCCAUAAUCAGAUGGAUGUUGAUGAAUUCUACAAUCUCCUAUUCGAUCGAUGGGAAUUUCAACUGCCCAACUCCGAUGACAAGAAGAUUCUACGGUCUUUUUACGGCGGCGAGUUGGUACAACAGGUCAAGUCCAAGGAGUGCGAGCACGUCUCCGAAAGACUCGAACCAUUCUCCGCGAUCCAGUGUGACAUCAAGGGCAAAGGUACUCUACAGGACAGCCUUCAGGCGUAUGUCGGCGGAGAGAUAAUGGAAGGUGAUAACAAGUAUAAAUGCUCCACUUGCGACAAGCAUGUUGAUGCCGUCAAGAGGGCUUGCCUCAAGGAUAUCCCAGAUAACCUCAUCUUUCACCUGAAACGAUUCGACUUCAACCUGAGGACCAUGCAGCGUAGCAAGAUUAACGACUACUUCUCAUUCCCCACAAAGAUCGACAUGCGCCCGUACACGAUUGACUACUUGUCGGAUCCCGACACGCCGGGUCCAGAGGAUAUCUUUGAGCUCGUCGGAAUCCUUGUCCACUCAGGCACUGCCGAGUCAGGGCACUACUAUUCUUACAUUCGCGAGCGACCAUCUUCGGGGAGCGCGGAGACGUGGAUAGAAUUCAAUGAUGAUCUUGUCAGCCCAUGGGAUCCCGAAACCAUGGAGGCUUCGACCUUUGGUGGGCCGGAUUUCCGAUAUGACAACAACGGCAUCGUUUACGACAAGAACUACAGCGCGUACAUGCUUUUCUAUCAGCGAUCUAAUACCCUUCGGACAGACGAGGAGACCAUGUCCGUCCCGCUCAAGGUUGACAUUCCGGCAGAGAUACUGGACCACAUUCGUAACGAAAACACUUAUAUUCUUCGACGACACUGCCUCUUCGAUCCAAACCAUGCUGUAUUUGUCCGGCGCAUCUUCGAGCACUGCGUGGUCCAUAGCGGUGCGUGCUCUCAAGAACACAAGGCGGAAAAGGCAGCAAUGCACGCAGCGCUGGGGCACCUUGAUCAGGUAGUCAGCCGGACAAAAGACAUCCCUGACUUUGUCGACUACUAUGACAUGCUGGCAAAGGCCGUGAAAGAUUGCCCCAGCUGUGCCCUCGGACUGUUCAGAUAUUUCCGAGAUCGCCAUGAAUCUUUCAGAAUGCUGGUCCAGAGGAACCCGGAACAGCUUGUGCGGGCAGACUCUGGGGAACUUUUGAUGCUGGCAGUCGCAACUAUUAAGCGAAGGCUUCCAGGAGUCUAUGGUGUCGUGGAGGAUGCGCUAGGGCAAGAUGAUGCGGAUGGUUGGGUGCACACUCAAGAUGUUGUCGUCGCUCAGGUCCCCACAUCUUUGACACGCUCUGAACUGGAGACGGUUGUGCUACUAAACAACGAUCUUCUUUCACGACUGUUUCGGGUCAUCCAGGCCGACUCGUCAAUCGACCUCCCGCCUAAUUAUCAGAGGAUGAUGACAAAUCUGCUUCGAAGGGGACUAAACAGGCCGCCGAACUACGAGAACCUUAUUGCUCUGGCCGACCACUUGAUGUCAGUAUUGCAGCCGAUUCUCGGCCCGGACAGUAUUGUGGAGAAGGCAGAUACUCGGUUGCUCAUGUACUGCCACGGUGAGACAUCACCCGCGUGGACAUCUACGGAGGUACUGACGGCACAUCAAGAAUGGGCGACGAACCCCGGGAGCAGCAUCUUUGUGAGCAAACUCCUAGAGAUAAAUCAGUCACUUCAGGCCACGGACAAUAUCAUGCAGCGACUGGUACAGGCUAAUAGGCAACUGGCGCUCAAGGUUUUCCAGACCCUGCGAGGAAACAUCACGGGGCAGAUGUUGCAAGGACAUUCCAAUGCACCUUACCUUCGGGCUGCGAUAGCCUGCUGCAAGGCCUCGGACGAUGAUGAUACGGUGCUGAGAAUGCUCACCCACGUGAUAGCCCAGUGUCGACAGCUCAACAACACCGAGGGUCGCGCGUUUUUGGAGUUCUUCCAAAAGAUGUACGGCGCGCCCGCCCCGGGCUCGUCAGUGUCUCCCUGGUCCAUAUUCUUCAGCAUGACGGCGCAGAUCCCCAAGUGGACACCAUACCUCCUCGGCUACUAUGAUGGGGAAGUUCGAUGGCAGACAGACGAGUUUCUUCAGCGAGCCAUCUUUGAUUACGGUGUAGCGCCCGUGUUCGAGCCAGAAGCAGGUGGUGAGAGGCGCAAGGAAGUGCUCAUUUCAGCUGCGAGGGAGCUUGGCCUCAACGCUCUCUUCUACCUCCGUGAUCACUUUAUCCAGCGCCGAGUCCACGUCGCCAAAGACAUGGUGUUCCCCUUGCAACGCGUUGUAGCCAAGGCUUCGGCGUACUUUAACCUUGAGCCGGACGAGCCAGGUCCCGACCAGGAAUUUGCGCAGAUGAGCCAGACAAUUCUUGACGCUCUGAAGCGUAUCACUGUCGAUGAAUUGGAAGAGGACGGAUCCGAAUGGGAUAACUCCUGCGGGUCGUCUGGAGGAGACAUGGAGACCUUUGAAACCCUGGCGGAUGCAGAUUUGCAGUAG